GCGCCUGUAAUCAGCUGGGAUGUUGAUCCGCAGCUUAGUGAUUCUUAUUCACUGGUUUUGGAUUUCAGAUGAAAGUGAAACUUUCAUCACUCAACAUCCUCGAAGAGCAGAUUGAAAACUGUGAAGACGUGGAAAUUUUCUUUUGCGAAACACUGGCUACCGGUGGUCCUAGAUACUGACUCCUCUUCUUCUCGACUCAUGAACGCCUUCUGAUUUUUUUCCCUAAAAAAAAAGCUGUUUUGGAUUUGAGCUGUAUCAGUGUAUAUGUCGAAAGCAAGGACUACGUACUUGCUGUGUUGUUGAGCAGAAUUCCUGCAUGUGAACAAGAAGAAACACAACCACUCCAACUACUUGCUCAAAAUAUAAAGUUGUUAUAUCAUUGAAACUCUCGAAAAAAACGCAAUCCAUAUCACAACCCCGGUGAUCGUAUUCUUGAUCCUGUGCUUCCGUCAACUACACCAGUAUCAGUCAAUCCUCGUCAACGCCAUCAAACCGCUUCUGUACGACACCGAGUUGUAAAGACGAUACAGCCUCAGCCAGUAGCGAGUACGCAGGUCGUCGUGGUUGUUUAUGUUUGAAUAGGGUAGCACUUCGCGGCGGCUGUCGGAGAGCCACGCUUGCUUAUCACUCGGAACAAUGUUGGCGAACUUGAAGAGCUUUUUCCGUGGGCGGGAGGCGGUGCAGGACUUACGACCCGACACGAGGACAGUUCCAAAGUUUCAGAACUGCGCCGUAUUCUUCUUAACAGAGUUUGAGGUUUUCAUAUCAUCAUCUUGUUGUCUGCGACUGCGAGAGCAGGUCGCGAACAGCAGCUUUCGAUGGAAAAUACCUUUCUCAACGUUUCCAGGGAAAGAAGUUUUUUUGCGAGCAGAUCUCAGAACUAGAGCUAAAAAUGAUGAAUCAAAUAAGGCUCCUCUCCAUCUUUGACUUAUUUAUACUUAUCUGUAUGUAGCAACACUGUAUCUGUAACUAUCGUCUUGAUCAAUCAUGAUUCAUUCGUCUCCAGAAGUGGUAAGUCUCUACAUCUCCUUACUUCGAUGACACGACCAGGCCGAGGAAUAUGCGACACCGCAGAAGUACCUAGAUGGCGCAGAAGUGCCAACGUUCUUCCAAUUCCAGAGUAAUAUGGUCACCGAUGAGGAUCUCAAGCCAGGCAUGCUCAGAAAUCUCGAGGUCGACAAGCGCCUUACCCUUCCAACACGAACCCAUAUACGUACUCUUUUUUUUAGAACACCUCCUUCCAUACAUUCCCGUCUUAUAACUUGAAUACAAGAAAACAGACCUCUACUUCUCACUGAUUUUCAGAACAAGAUAGAACCAACAUGAUGAAUUAUACCUAAUACAUAGAUUGUACUGUACGGAGGAUAAUGAACAAUAACUUUAAAGAAUGAAUGUAUGAAGAUGAUGCCGAUGUUGUAGCACAUCAAGCCCUGCCAACGCAAUGCAGAAUUACACCGAUAUAUUUGUGGGGACAUUUUUCUAUUAGCUAAGAAUGAAUGUUGCGGACGAACGAAAUCUACGACGCAUCAACAGGUUGUCUGAUUACAUCGCAGGACGUUCUUCACUGUUGGGCGUGUCCUGCACUGAACAUCAAGAUGGAUUGUUGCCCAGGGCGAAUCAAUCGUAAUGAAUGUUUUUGCGUUUUCCUUGAAUGUAUCCACAUCAAUCUUGCGUAAUGUAUCUUUGUUGGUCUGUCUUUCCCCGUGCUUACCGGAUAUCUAAAGGAGUCUCAGUGCAUUGGAUUUCAGGCCGCUGCUGUUCUUAUCUGACGGGACGAAGUAACCUACUUAAGUUAGCCAGGUAGAUUUGCUGUGAAAGAAAAUGAUAUCAGUGACAGGAUAGAAGAUAGGUAUUAACCACCUGGAAGUGGAAGCAUACCACCGAACAUUUUCAAAGCAUGUUCGUGCAUAACAAGUCUAUCUCUCAUACUCACUCAUCUCAGGUAUAUUCCUGUUCAUCCAGCGAGAGGGUGUUUUUUACGGUCAGUGCAGUGAAUUGUGUGGGUCACUGCAUGCUUUUAUGCCUGUAGUGAUCGAAGCGGUCUCACCAGAAAGGUAUGCAAAGCACGCAAAGGUAUGGUACGUAGAGUGA